GGAUUAACCAUAUCACCACCAUUCACCCUGCGCAGUCCUCAUGGCGGAGGCUGCAAAGAGAGACCUCCAAACACCCAAGAGAUCCUCAAAGUCCCGAUCCGAUCCCAAAUCCUCAUCGCCUUCUCUCCCUCCUCCUCCUACUCCGCUCUCCGCCACUCCUCGCCGAUCCACGCGCCGCACCUCCCUACACUUCGAUGCCGUCCCUCCUCCUCCUCCUACGACGACUGCACUAGUCGAAGAUCCGGCAAAGAAACCAAAGAAGAAGAGGAAAACCCCCAAAUCUGGAGCCGACAAUUCGACGAUUGACCAUGUCAACACCCCCAAAUCUGCUGCCCAAGGCAAGACAUCGAAGCAAGAGGAGGAGGAAAAGUUUACUACAGUUGAAGCCGAUUUCUCGCCGGUGUCGCCGGAGCGGUCCGAGAAGAAGAAAAGGAAGAGAGGCCAUGAGAGGAAGGUGGUUACAACGCGUGGUGUGGCUAGCAAGAAGAGGCAGGUGUUUUACAAGAAGGUUGUGUAUGACGGAGGUGAGUUUCAGGUUGGUGAUGAUGUGUAUGUGAAGAGGAGAGAGGAUGCGAGCUCCGACGAGGAAGUGGUUCAGGUGGAGCAAUGUAGGAUUUGCUUCAAGUCUGGGAAGGCUGUGAUGAUUGAGUGCGAUGAUUGUUUGGGUGGGUUCCAUUUGAAAUGCUUGAAGCCUCCCUUGAAGGAGGUUCCUGAAGGAGAUUGGGUGUGCGGUUUUUGUGAGGCUCGAAAAUUGGGCAAAGAGGUCCAGCUUCCUACUCCCCCUCAAGGGAAGAAAUUGCGUAGGACAUUUCGAGAGAAGCUUCUCUCAAGCGAUUUGUGGGCUGCCCGCAUUGAAAGUAUAUGGAAAGAAGUUGACGGUAGCUAUUGGUGUCGUGUGCGUUGGUAUGUUAUCCCGGAGGAGACUGCUGCUGGAAGACAAGCUCAUAAUCUGAGGAGGGAGAUUUAUCGCACAAAUGAUUUUGCCAACAUUGAGAUGGAAUCUAUUCUUCAACAUUGUUUUGUGAUGAACCCUAAAGAAUAUGCCAAAGCCAAUGAAGGGGAUGAUGUCUUCUUAUGCGAAUAUGAAUAUGAUAUUCACUGGUACAGUUUCAAGCGUCUUGCAGAAAUUGACGAUGAUGAAAAGGAUGAUGAUGAUGAUGAUGAUGCUGAGAGUGAUGAAGAUUGGAAACGUGGCAAAGACUCAGAUUCUGAUACAGAAGAAGAUGUUGAGUUUGAAGAAGAGAGCACAAAGAAUAUACUGGCUAAACCAUCUCGAGCUCAUGAGUUGGCUGCAAAUUCACAUAAGGGGCGGUUCUUUGGACUUCAAAAGAUUGGAAUGAAGAAAAUCCCCGAGCAUGUUAGAUGCCAUAAGCAGACUGCUCUUGAAAGAGCAAAAUCAACACUUCUGUUGGCAUCAUUGCCUAAGUCUUUACCUUGCAGGGAUAAAGAAAUGUUGGAGAUUAGUGCAUUCAUCAAGGGUGCUAUCUCUGAUGAUAAAUGUCUUGGACGUUGCCUCUAUAUUCACGGUGUUCCUGGAACUGGAAAGACUAUGAGUGUACUGGCAGUAAUGAGGAAUUUGAGGUCUGAAGUUGAUGCCGGAAGUAUAAGACCUUACUGUUUUGUGGAGAUAAAUGGUCUAAAGUUGGCAGCACCUGAGAAUAUCUACAGGGUUAUAUAUGAAGCAUUAAGUGGGCAUCGAGUUGGUUGGAAAAAGGCUCUCCACUUGCUAAAUGAGCGAUUUUCCGAUGGAAAGAAAUUCAGCAAAGAGGAUGACAAACCUUGUAUUCUUCUUAUUGAUGAACUUGAUCUUCUUGUGACCAGAAACCAAUCGGUUCUCUACAACAUUCUUGACUGGCCUACUAAGCCACACUCAAAAUUAGUUGUAAUAGGCAUAGCAAAUACCAUGGAUCUUCCAGAAAAGUUGCUUCCACGUAUUUCAAGUCGAAUGGGAAUCCAAAGGCUUUGCUUUGGCCCCUAUAAUUACCAGCAGCUUCAAGAGAUCAUUUCGAGUCGGCUUAGAGGAAUUGAUGCAUUUGAAAAACAAGCUAUAGAGUUAGCUUCAAGAAAGGUAGCAGCUAUUUCAGGAGAUGCUCGUCGUGCAUUGGAAAUAUGCAGGCGUGCAGCUGAAAUCAAAGAUUACCGCAUAAAGAAGCUAAUUUCAACUCCCAACAGUGCUUCUAAAGAAAAAGCACUUGUUGGUAUGGCAGAGGUUGAAGCAGCCAUACAAGAAAUGUUCCAGGCACCUCAUAUCCAGGUGAUGAAAACUUGUUCCAAACUGGGUAAAAUCUAUUUGACUGCUAUGGUGUAUGAACUCUAUAAAACAGGAAUGGGUGAAACUACUUUUGAAAAGUUGGCAAUGACAGUUUAUAAUCUGUGUACAAGCAAUGGAGAAGCAUUUCCUGGACAUGAUACGCUGUUAAAAGUCGGUUGUAAGCUUGGUGAAUGCAGAAUUAUUCUAUGUGAAUCAGGAGCAAAGCACAGAUUGCAGAAGUUACAGCUCAACUUUCCAAGCGACGAUGUAGCAUUUGCACUGAAGGAAAGCAAGGAACUACCUUGGUUGGCCAAGUAUCUCUGAUGCUAGACUCAGCUAUUUUCUAUUCUUCAUUUGAGGAACAGUUUUGACCCUGAUUAAUUGAUUAUUGUCAUUUGUUGUAUUUGUACAUUGUCUUUAUUUUCUUUCUAGUUAUAUUCAAAAAAUAUUUAUUGUACUAUGUACUUGACUGUUGUACUAUGUAUUUCUUCUUUCAACUCCAAAAAAUUCUGAGGGAAAAACGUUGAAGCAUAUUUAUUUGAUGGGAAAGAUAUUACUAAAUGUAUCAUUUG